GGAGGCAGGAGGUGCAGAGAAGGUUCACACAAUGGGAGGGAAUUGGAGCAUUGGGAAACAGAGCUGUGAGCAUUAAGAUUGGAUUUUUGCUGAUGAGCUGAAGCAAGCGAGUGUUUUCUGAACCCUUGUUUUUUGUUAAAUAGAGGCAGCUGGAAAGCUCUUUUCCCCCCCAACAGGGCUGGAGGGCCAACAACCUGAUUGCUCCAAACCUUUUACAUCAGCAGUCCUGCUGCCAUGGAAACAAAGCCAAGAACCUGGCAGGAACAGGGUCCUUUCCAUUUUCUAGCAGGGAUGCUGGGUGAAGAGGGCGUGACCGUGGGCCACAAUGUUUCUCUGCAAGACAGAAAAGCCCCCAAGGCAAUACCUGAGGAGGACUUAGAUGCCCCGGAGCCUGCAGCCGAAGAUCCACAGGGGAGCCAGACAAUCAGUAUAUCUGAUAAUGAAAAUAAAACUGAAAAUCCAGAAUCUGCCGAUUUAAGCUGGGGCACUUUUAGAGGGACCAACGAAGGUUUGGCAGAAUCACAAGAAAGAUCUAGAACGUCAUCAGGAGUUCGAGAGGAAUCUAAGCAAGCAUAUAAUCUGUGUGAGGAGGGUUUCCUACGUUCUCUGCAGCUCAGUGUUUUAUCACUAGCAGAGUAUUGUGAGGAAGAUAGGUUUUACAGCCUGGAGGGUGAGGUCAGGGAGUGGACCAAUGAACCCGAUCCAAAGAAAGACAUUAGAGAAAGCCCAAAGACACCUAAAGUAAUUGAGCCAGCUUAUCAGGACAAAUACAUAUCUAUUUAUCAUAAUUCAUUUGACAUUUGUAAUGAUAAAACUGAAGCUCCUACAUUUCAGACCGCCCCAGACUGUCUCUCUGAUUUCAUUAGCUGCAAUGACAGAAGCACUCUGAACUCUCCUCCUUUUGCUGAUGAAAGUGGAGAAGAAGAGGAAGCAGAUACAAAGUUAACAGCCUGUCAGCAGCAAUUAGAUACACCUGAGUUGAUUUGUGUGGGUUUGAAACCUACAUAUUCUGAUCCUGAAGAGAAAGACACUGUCCUACCUGCAGGUACUUCAGUCAGGCAUCGGGAGGCAGUGUUGCCACAAAGCCAGUCUAAGCUGUGUCCCAGAGGACUAAACCAGGAAGCUGUACAACAGGUGUUUGCUCAUGGAUCUCCACCUGGCUCGGCUGUUGCCAUGGAGCUGACCAAUCAGGGCAGGGAAGCCUCUCAAGGCCAUGUUGCAGCUGUAACAGAAAGGAGCGGUAGGGUGGGGGAGAGAACACAGGGUGAAAACGAGCAAAUAGGUGGAGUUGAAGGGCAGAAUAAGACCGGAGUUGAGAAUAUCAAGUCAGCUGUAAGGUCACAGAACAGAGUGCUGUUCAGGUAUCUCCAGGCAGUCCAAAAACAAGAACCUAAGGUGGACAACAGCUGCGGUAUACCUCUUAAACCUAAGGGAGACGUCAGGAUGAGGACUGACAUGCAUGAUGACAGCCAGAGCGACAGCGGCGUGUCAGCAGACUUCCAAACAUUCAGAACUCUGAGCAGCAGCAUGUCUGUAGACUCUACAGGCCCUGUCUCUGCAGAGACCCCCAUCGAGAGGGAGAUCAGACGUGCCAUAGAGCGGGAGCAGAGCCUGAGGAGAUCAAGAGGACUUCCAAACCAACGAACCUCUCCAGAGUACGUAGAAGUUCCUUUGAGAAGAAGCCUGCUUAGCCAGUCGGUAACUCCGAAGUGGUCCCAAAACAAGGAUAGGGAAUUUGCCGGCAAAAAGAUGCUGCAUGAGAUCCAUGAAGAGUCCCGAAGGGAACAAGAUCUGGUUAAGAUUGGGAAAAUUCCAGGCUUCUAUGACAAAGGCACAGCCAGCCAAAUAAAGGAGAGAAAGCAGCUCUUUGAGACCCUGAAGAUAGCUCCAGGCUCUUCAAUGAUGGCCUCACUCAAAACUAAAACCUUAUCCUCUUCGUCUAGCAGCAGUGAAGAUUUGAGUUUAUCUCUGGAGAGUCAAGAUGAAUCUGGUGCCUCCACCCCAGACCAUACCUACAGUGAGAGGAAAUCCAUGAUGUUGAAUCACUCUCAGAGCCGAAUCCCUGCCAAAGGUUCAGAUCAAACUAUUCUUCGGGGGUCAAGGUCCUCUGAGGGAACCAGAUCUCAGAUAAUCAUCCUAGAACACAGCCGAACAAUUCCAGCAAAGAAACCCCACAAUGUUAGAAUAAAGACAACGGCCGAUCCAGCUCCUGAAACCAAAAACAUCUUUAACUCAUUGGAGAAGACAAGGGGAUAUGAUGGGCUGACAAAGAAUAAGAAGGUACUGGUGGAGAAGGAGGAGGCAGCAUCCAAGGGGAACCCCUUUUUUAAGCUUCGCACCUCAGCUAAUUUAGAAAAAGUGAGGCAAGAAAUCGAAGAGGCCAAUGAGAGGGAGAAGGAGCUCCACACCUUACGGCUCAGCCUCUAUGGGGGCAUCAACAACGCUGAAUCAUCCAUAACGAAAGAAAUGCCAGCUCCUGGGAAACUGUCCAAUAGCAGAAGGGAAGCAUAUGAAGGGUGGCAGUCAGUGGACAAGGUGUCUGCUUGGCAGCCUGUCCUGAGUGAAGAGGAAAAGAUUUUCCAUCCAGAGAUGCGGAAGAGUCCCCGAACUCCAAGACAAAAGACUCCUCUACUGCAGCUGUGGGAGUCAGGCAUGGUCUACGGCCACAACCUGGAGGACGACUGAAGAUCAAGGAGAGUUCACAGAGAUCUGCAUUUUCUUUAAUUAGGGGGAGAAAUCAAAACAAAAACAAUCAGUGUAAAGGAGGGUGAAACAUGAAGCAGGAGGGAGCAACAAUGACAAAGAAGAAAGAACAUGAAGCAAAAUCAGAAAGAGGUCGUGGAUUUAGGCAAGAAAACGGGGCCAGGCGGACUGGGAGCAAGAAAAAUUGCAGUAUAUGAAAAAUGCUCUAUUUGUCUUGUGAAAAGAGGAGAGAAGAAGGACUUUUAGACAGGCCACAAUGUAGAAUGUAAGAUGUUGCCCUGCUUCUGAUGCUGCUAAGACAAGAAAAUAUCACUUAAGAAAAGAUGAAGACGAUGAAUAAUAGAAUGUAAACCAAAACAUGUAUGAGAAAGCAAUUUUUAAAUCGUGCUGAAGUUCUUUUUACUUUGAUUUUCUUAAAUAACAAUAGAAUAAUAUAUUUCAGUUUUAAAGUUAUGAUUGUGUUGUUUUAGAAUAAUGUACAAUGAAACUGUAUCUUUAACAAAGCCCCUAUUUAAAAAAAAAUGAAACAAA